UUAUAUCCAUAAAACGAUACAAUAUAAUACAAUACAGUAUAAUAUAAUACAUUAUAAAAUAAUGGGUAACAAUGAUCCAAACAUAGUGUUAGUGCAUUAAUUUUGUGGAGUCCUAAGUUAGAAAAGGUCUCGAGUUCAGUUCUAUUUAACCAUAAUUUUUAACAAGAGACUCUUUAAAUAUUUUCCAAAAAUAUGUUCUAGUCCGACCUCUUAAAGCAAAACCAAGAACUUAACCAGCAUGCCAAACGAGGAUACAUGUCAAGUGGUGUUAUUUUAUAUUUGUUACUCGUUUCGACGCAGUAUAAUUACAUAUGCUUUAUAAAAUUUUCUGAUGAAGUAGUAUUGCGUGACACCGCUUCGUCCACCUAAUGUCCGGCCCUGAAUGUAGCAACGUCCAAAUUUAAGGUUUUUGGUAAUUAUAUUCUAUCCUUUGAUCACCCACCCACACGUGUAAAACAUGUUUUUUACGACUGUGGACAUUGUGCUCGGGGCGGAGCUAAGUUGAAGGGGAUUCAAUUGAAUUUUUAUAGAUGAAAAAUUAUAUUGUGUUAAUCCGGUAAUUAAAAUGACUUUCGGGGGCCAUGUUUCAACCAGGGGCGGAUCUAGAGCAAAGUUUACGGGUUUACGGAACCCAGUAACUUUUGCAUAGACCCUGUAUUUGUACUAAAACUUCAUUAAAAGUAUAAGAAUAUUUAGCUUGGAACCCAGUUCGUUGGUCCAGUUAUCAUGUAGAUUAACUUGAGAUUGUUAUUGGAACCCAUAAGCUUAAAAUUCUGGAUCCGCCUCUGGUUUCAACGGCUCACAACUGUUGACUGUUUAAUUUGUUGCCCAACUAAUUAAUAAGUAAGACACUAAUAAGUAUUUUACAAUUGGAAAUUAUAUGCCACAUACAAUAAGAAAAGAAAAAAAAAAGCAAGGUGAAAUUAACUCAUUGAUUAGCUAUUCAAUAUCUUCUGCUUCAAAGAAAAUUCGUCGUACAAAUAAAAGAAAAGUAGGCAGAAAAUUUGUGGUGUUUGGACCCUUCAUUUAGUGAUGUGUUUGAAUUUUCUAGUUUGGCAAGCUACAACGAAGGCCGGAGCUACAGUUCUGCUUAGGGUUCAGUAAAUUUAGUAGCUUUUGCAAAUCCUGUAUUCAGUGGCGGACCCAGGAUUUUAUGCAAGCGGGUUCAAUCUUAAAAGUACAUAACUUAAUUUAGUGGUAAAAUAGUAGUUGUCAAGUGGGUUCAAAUAAAAUAUAUGCAAAAUUUACGCAGCAUUAAUCGUAACUUAUACAUAUACACUAUUAUUAUUUGAUGAAGUGGGUUCAGUUGAACCCGCAUGCCAUCACGUGUGUCCGCCACUGCCUAGUAAACUGUCUUUUCUAGAAUCAAGAACCUAUAAACUAAAAUCAUAUCUCCGCCACUUCUUCGGUAGUGAACUUCCCAAUAACUCUUACAUUAAUAAGAGAGUUUGAAGGAGAGUGAGUAGGAGAGAAAUAUGGAUUACCUUACACUUGUGUUUGGAUCAAAUUUUGCUUGCAUUUUUCUUCUUUUUCUAUCAAAAAGAAACAAAAGGCUUCCACCAGGGCCAUUACAACUGCCAAUAAUAGGAAAUUUAUUUCAUUUAUUAGGUGCAAAACCUCAUAUAUCACUAGCUAAUCUUGCCAAAACCUAUGGUCCAAUUAUGAGUUUAAAACUUGGGCAAAUAACCACAAUUGUCAUUUCUUCAUCAACCAUGGCAAAACAAGUCCUUCAAAAUCAAGAUCAAGCAUUUUCCAAUAGAUUUAUCCCUAAUGCACUUCAAGCACACAACUAUUCCAAAUUCUCAGUGACGUGGCUCCCCGUUAAUCCGACGUGGCGAACCCUUCGACGAAUCUUGAACUCCAACAUCCUUUCUCUCACUAAACUUGAUUCAGAUCAACACUUAAGAUCACAAAAGGUACAACAGUUAGUUGAUUAUGUUGCAAAAUGUAGUCAAGAAGGUGAAGCUGUGAUCAUUGGCAAAGCUGCUUUCAAGACCUCUCUCAAUUUGUUGUCCAAUAUUCUCUUCUCUAAGGACUUGGUUGACCCUCUUUUUGAUACAAAGGUAGAGUUGAAGGACGUGAUUUGGAACAUCUUGGCCGAGGCUGGGAAGCCUAACCUAGUGGAUUUUUUUCCCAUACUUGAAAACAUUGAUCCUCAACGAAUUAGGCGUAACACAGACAUUCAUAUAAGUAAGUUGUUUGUGCUUUUCGAUGAUUUGAUCAACGAGCGAUUGGAGGAAAAGAGGAGUAGUAGUACAAAGAAUGAUGUUUUGGAAGUGUUUCUUAAAAUUAGAGAAGAAAAUUCGGAAGAAAUCGAUCAGAAUCACAUCAAUUCCUUGCUCCUGGACAUAUUUAUUGGCGGUACUAAUACGACGACAAGUACAGUGGAAUGGGCAAUGGCAGAAAUACUUAGACAACCUGAGAUUAUGAAGAAAGUCCAAGCUGAGCUUGCGGAAGUCGUUGGAAAAGGAAAACCAAUAAAAGAAGAUGAUGUUUCUCGACUCUCUUACUUGCAAUGUAUUGUCAAAGAAACCUUAAGAAUGCACCCACCAGUUCCAUUCUUACUUCCGCGCAAAGUAGAAGACGAUGUUGAAGUGUGUGGCUAUAUUGUCCCGAAGGGCUCACAGGUACUAGUUAAUGUGUGGACAAUCGGUCGAGACUCAGCUUUGUGGGAGGAGCCACUAGUGUUUAAACCUGAGAGGUUCUGGAGUUCAGAAUUGGACGUGCGAGGCAAAGAUUUUGAAUUGAUUCCAUUUGGUGCUGGGCGAAGAAUAUGCCCUGGCUUACCUCUGGCGGCAUUGAGAAUGGUUCCAGUAAUGGUAGGCUCACUCUUGAAUUCCUUCAAUUGGAAACCUGAAGGCGGCAUUAAACCAGAAGAACUAGACAUGGAGGAGAAGUUUGGUAUCACUUUAGCCAAAGCCUGUCCUUUGCGAGCUAUCGCAUAUCCUAUUUGAUAGUACAACGGAUCAGGAGGCGGAGCUACAGUGAUAGCUAUAGGUUCGACAGUAUAGCUUUGGCUCAAACUCUAUAUUAAAAGUCCCACUUGUUAUGUACUAUAAUAAUUUAUCUGGAACUAGUAUGAUGUCUUUUUUAGAAUCAAGAACCCAAAAACUCAAAAUCCUGGAUGUGUCUCUGCAUA